CAGCAACAGGACUUGCCAAGCCAGUUUGCAAAGGCUUGGAGCGGCGAGCAGCCCCGUGUCAAUUUCCCUUGUCAAUUGCAGGUUUCCCCAAAGAGCUCUGCUGCGGCUGCACCUUUAAGAGAAGGGAGGGGAGCCCAUUAUAGCCUUAGAAAAACCAGGAAGGGAGUUUACACAGCAUCAUACGGGGCUUUGCAUCUACUGUUACAGUAGGGGCAGGAACAGCAGAGAGAGAGAGAAGAGGAGAGAGAAGAGGGAGGGAGGGAGGAAGGACUUGGAAGAGCAGCUCAGGAAUUGACUUCAAACUCCAGGCGGCCCCCCCUCCGCCUCUUCCUCCUCCUCCUGGCCCCACACCCUCAGGACCAACAAGCCCUCUGGUGUCGGCAUGGAGGGUGGUGUGGAUGGCCCCAUCGGGAUUCCUUUUCCCGACCACAGCAGCGAUAUCUUGAGCAGCCUGAACGAGCAGAGGAACAACGGCCUGCUCUGCGACGUGGUGAUUCUGGUAGACGGGCAGGAGUUCCCCACCCACCGCUCGGUCUUGGCGGCCUGCAGCCAGUACUUUAAGAAGCUCUUCACCUCAGGGCUAGUGGUAGACCAGCAGAACGUGUACGAGAUAGACUUUGUGAGCGCUGAUGCCCUGUCGGCGCUGCUGGAGUUUGCCUACACCGCCACCCUUACCGUCAGCACUUCGAACGUCAGCGAGAUCCUCAAUGCCGCCAAGCUGCUAGAGAUCCAGGCGGUAAGGGAGGUUUGCACAGAUCUCCUGGACAGGAAGAUUCUGGCCAAAAAUGACCAGAUGGAUACAGUAGAUCAAAUUGAUCAAAGGAACCAUCUCAGAGCGAAAGAGUACCUGGAAUUCUUCCAGAGCAACCCCAUCAACGGCCAACAGGGCAGCUUUCCGUGGACCAACCAAGACUUGAGAGACCUUCAUAGGCUCAACUUCCGUGGCCCAGAGGAGGAAGAAGAGCCGGAUUGCAACGGCGUGGACUUCUACUCGCAGGCUGCCCUCAAUGAAAGACCAAAGGCAAAUGACUGUGACCCUGACAGCAACCAUGCCAUGUGGUUGGAACAUGACGAGGAAGAGGCCCAGGGACCUUUGUUCCCACCCUCCCAGAAUGGACAAUUUGGUGGGCGCAACCUGCCGACAGCAGCAGGGGAGGACGAGACGUCGGCAGCAGCUCAGCUGGACCACGAGGUCGGGGACUCCCCCGCCUUUGCUCCUGGGGGAGGGGAGGGGGAGGACACAGAGGCCAGAGAAGUGGACGGCCUGGCCGCCAGUGCCCUCCUGCAACAGAUGAUCAAUUCCGUGGGGCGGCAGCAGCUGACUGACGAGGACCGCAAGGAUGACGACGGGGUCAUGGAUUAUUACUUGAAAUAUUUUAGCACUUCCCAAGAGGGCGAGGUCUAUCCGUCCUGGUCCCAGAAGGUGGAGAAGAAGAUCCGAGCAAAAGCAUUCCAGAAGUGCCCCAUUUGCGAGAAGGUGAUCCAAGGGGCUGGCAAACUCCCACGCCAUAUCCGAACCCACACAGGCGAGAAGCCCUAUGAAUGUAACAUUUGUAAAGUUCGGUUUACAAGGCAGGACAAGCUGAAGGUCCACAUGAGGAAGCAUACCGGUGAGAAGCCCUACCUGUGCCAGCAGUGUGGGGCGGCUUUUGCCCACAACUACGACCUGAAGAACCACAUGCGUGUCCACACGGGUCUGCGCCCCUACCAGUGCGACAGCUGUUUCAAGACUUUUGUCCGAUCCGACCACUUGCACCGGCACCUUAAAAAAGAUGGCUGCAACGGCAUCCCUUCUAGAAGGGGGCGCAAGCCCCGGGUGAGAGAUGUGGGCGGCAUGCCCACCCCGGCUGCCAACCCCGAUGAUGGAAGCUUUGCGGGUGGUGAUGAGGCACAAGAAUUGCAGGAUGCCACCCCGCCGCAGGACGGCCCGGGACAGCACCUUGAAGAUAGCUCAAAUGCCGAAGCGGUGUCAGGAAGUUUGAAUGUAGUGGGGGGUUCGUCUGAGGGUAACACGCAAGAACUCUCCUAAACCAAAAAAAAAGAAAAAAAAAACCAACCCGUGUCACAAAAUCUAGUUAUACCUUUCCUCCAAUGCUCCUUGAAAGAUAUGGUUUCCUUGCCCUUUUGUGAGGGGAAAAAAUAGCCUUAUAGAUUGAUGAUAUAUCUCUGUUUUGUGAUCUUCCCGUAAUAACCAUUCAUUCUAACCUCUUAUAGCAACGGAUUAAUUUUAAGCUUUUCUUUCACCCCUUGAAAAGAGAGAUUGGGUGGGGAGGUUAAGAUGUCUAUAAAGUAUGAAAUGAAGCUUCCAGAGUUUAGUUUGUUAAAGUAACACACACGCAUAUAGAUAUAAUAUAUUGGAGAUUUUAUCUAUUUUAGCUAAUGGAAUGUUCUUGAGGACAGAAAAGCAGGGAGGGCCAUGUGACAGAAGUCCUUGGAAAUAUUUCUUUUUCCCUCUUGGCCAAUGCAGUGUCCUUCCCCUUCCCUCGCCACCCUCUUUCCUGACUUCUCUCCUGUCCCCCCCCCAGCCCAAAGUGUUCAUUUCCUUAGAAUGUCAUUGGAGUACAGAGUUAGAGUUUCCUUUAAUCAGAUGGAUAUUGGGAGGCCUUUGAUCUCUUUGGGAUUCUGAGUUUCCCCACGAUAGCUGAUUGCAUGCAAAUCACUCUUCUCAUUGUUUAGACCUUACAAUUGGGGGACUGGUGCCUCCCACUAUUUCAAAUCAUUCAACACAGAUCAUUCAACACAGUAAGUCUCAGAUCCCCACAUUAGCCACAUGGUUAAAACUGGAGAGCCCAUUGAGUCUCUUUCAAAAGGUGCUCAGGGGCCUCUGUUGCUUUUUCACUGAGGGGUGUGGGGGGUGAUGGUGACCAUUUGGGUACAAGCCCGGUGCAGUGCCAACCUGUUUUUGGCAGAGCUCCAGCCUCCCAAACAUCUCAAAUCUUCAGCUUUUUUAAAAAAAAUUAGUUUCUCACAGCUACCCGAUACCCAAAGGACCAUGGGAACUGUAGUUCUGCGAGAAAACUCUGGAGAAGCGCCUCCCACAAGCUUUGAUUCCAUGGUCUCUUGAGAGCAGCAGCUUAAAACUGGCUAACAUUUGUAGGAUUAAAUGCAUCCUAUUUGGGUUUUGCUUACUUAGAAAUGAUUCCCUGAAAUCAAUGCAAAUUACAUACAAGUAAACUUGGUUAGGAUUGUGCUGUUAGUGUUUUCCGGGCCUUAUUCAUAGAUACACAGCUUAAACAGCUUGAUCUGAAAAAAGCCUGCUAAAAUUGGGGGUGGGGGUUGUCUUCCAACCUCCUGUCCAGCAUGCUAGUUUUAGGAUUUUAGCACUUUGAUUUAUUGUUUCACAUCUUUGGGGCUCUGUAAAUUCAAACAGUAUUGUUUUAUGACAGUAUUGUUUUAGACAAUUAAUUACUGCUACUUUCAAAUCUAACACUUCAUCUAAGGAUUGACAUUUGUCCACCAUGAUGAGUAAAUCCCUGCCCUACACCCCACUCUCCUGCUCUUUAGAAGUUCAGGAGCAAGAGGAAGAAAAUGGCCGCCAUAGUAACACUGUAGGAAUUUUGCCAUGUCUCUGUGGUCUCUACCAUAGAGAUCAGGGGAAAAUCCUAGUGUGUCACUUCAGAGUGACAUCACAUCCUCCCAGAAUUCCACCCUUCCCAGGCACAGCCCUCAAAAUCUGCAAUGCUGGCAACCCUAAUUCAACCUUAAGCAACAUAACCAUAGCCCUGUUCUUUGGCUAGACCGUAUUGUACAAUGCUAACAGGAAGUGGUCCCGGAAAGGUGCGCUGUACAAACAUUCUCUACACACUCACAAAGAAGUUCCAGCUUUGACCCAGGUUUAAAGAAGUAGCCAGGAUUUUUCAGCUUCUCCAGUGUUUGAGGUGGGCUAGAUAGACACUCCAGAAAUAUAAACAGGUGUUUCAAUCCCAUAUUUUCCUCCUCGGAUGGGCCAGCCUUCCCCUUGCAUUGCUUCAAAACUCCUAAGUCUCAUCUUGACUCAGAGUGUCAGCAUAUAUUGCCUUUUUCAGUUCAGUUAAGUUUCUGGGCCGUGACUUGCAGCCAGUAUUGCAUGCUUCUGUCUGGUUGAGCAUAGGGAAACAAAAGGUUUAAUCAUAAUGCCAAGAAUAUAUUUCUUUAGGGAUGAAUGGGGGAAGAGUCUGACCCUUAUGAUGAGCACUUUGGGCUGGGGAGACUUGUAUUUCACCAAAUGGGUCCCCAUGUGAUAAUAUGGCUUAUUAUCAUUGGGGUGGGCAAGGUGUAGUGGCUUGCCCAAGAAAAUUGCAACUGGAGAUGCCAACCGGGAGAUGACUUGGUGUUGCAAUAGAGGGCUUUGACCUCUGAACAGUCUUUAGAUCCACAACCUUUUUGGUGAAGGACAACCAUUCCCUAAACUUUCCCUGUCUCCCUUCUCCCCCUCCUCCAUCACUCUUUUUUGGUACCAAAUAUGUGGGGUUUGGCCCUCAUAUCCAAAAUGGCAACCCUUAGCACAAAUCAAGCUUGCCCUAGUGGACCCGUUAAAGCAAAAGGGUUCCAACUAAGCCCCAGGGAUCUCUACGUCACACAAACCCCUCCCCAGUUUUGAGACUUUUACACAACUUGAGUUGCACUAAGGCAUGUCGACUUGGACUAUGGCGAGAUAUGUGGUCCAAAGCCGGCUUCGACAGUCUGAUCCCCUCCACUGUCUAGAAGGAGCAGGAUUUAGGUAAUGCAUCGGCUACAUCAGGUUUAUACAUGGCACAUCUCCCUCUUAAGCUAAAGAACCAAGGCACCUUUUAGCCAUUUGAGAGUUUUAUAAAUGCACAGUUUAAAAAAUGAUAAAAAUGACAGAGAGAGAUUUUAGUCCUUUUUAUUUUUAAAAAAGCACUUUUAAGAUUUUUUUUUAAUUUAAUAUUAAAAAGGUGAACCGUUUGGCCGAAUGUAACUGAACAGGGAGUAUCGUGUGUGUUUUCAGGAAAGUGUGAGGGGGGGUGUGAGGGGAGAAAGAGUCAGGAUUGGGUGGGAUGUUUUAUUUAAUAUAGAAAAAGCAAUAAAAAAACCACAAAAAAAGAUUAGAAACAAAGAAGUCUUAGCACUUUGCAAUGGAACGGGUACUUUGAAAUCACUUUAUCUUAAUUUAAAAAAUAUAUAAAAAAGAAAGCAGCAAAAUAUGUUUACACGUUGAAACCAUCUUCUACGGAAAGAAAUUUAUUGUUGUUUAUUGUUUUUAUUAAAAUAAUUCCUAAAAUUGAAUUUAUUUUUGUAAGAGAAAAAAAUGUAUAUAUAUCUAUAUAUUGAGAGCGAGAACGAGCGAGAGAGAGAGAGAGAGACUUAAAAUGGAAUCCACCAUUUUUGGUUUAGCAGAUUUGUUUGGAUACAAAACUGGGAGGAUUGCAGUUAAUUAGAUUCUGUGACACAGCAAAAUUUUAAAAGAAACCCUCGGAAGUGAUUUGCACUUCAAAAAACAUAAAUAUAUAUAAAAAUGGAAGCUUGAAUUUUUAGGCAGGAAUCAUGGGUUAUUUUGUGUAUGGUUUAUUUUUUCCUCCUUUUUUUAAAAAAAAAAUGUCUUAUAGCCAGUGCUGGCCUGGUAUGUUUCCUAAUUUGGAUUCCCCCAUAGUUCAUCCAGAAUCUCAGUCCCAGGACCUUCUUGAAGUAGAGUAAAAUUCAAAAACUUGACUUGUAAUUUCCCUCCCAAGACUGGUUUUCCACCAUUUUGCGGCCCUGGGUAUUUUGUUAAGACUGGCAAGCAUUGACCGGAACUGCAUUCCAAAAUAUUCUCAGCCUUUGACCGUUGCCCUUCUCAUCGGUAUGCUCCUAGGUGCUGGGAGAGUAACAGCUAAAAAGAAUAUUACAAAUUCCUUCCUGAAGUCACUCAAUGUUGAAAGCUUGUUUCAGUUGAGACAAACGAUCUCAAAAUAUAGGCCAGGUUUAGAGAGCGUUAAUUUAACAGUUUUCUCAUUCUGGGCCCCCGAGGGCUAACAGGUGCCGAAGUAUCAGCCUCAAAAUCCAGCUUUGGUUUUGUGGCUUGUUUCUUCGGUGAACUCAAAGCUAGAUGGUUAAGAGCACGUUCUUCCAUGGAAAUAGAGACAUUUUCUGAUGUCCAGGAAACAAAAACAGAUCACACGAACAAAGAAGACUCCCAAUCACGGAGAACAGCCUUCACUACACACACACAUACGCAUGCUUAUAACUAGCUCUCUCACCCAUUUAUUGGACAAGAGAAACCAAACAGAUGGUGUUUGAGAGCCAGAGAUAAAUAUAUUUUUCUGUAUGUCAGGAAAGUCUUCAGAAAAAGAAUAUGGGGACAUUUGAUGAUGGAUAUGUUUCAUGUUUUGAACCUUUAGGCAAGAGCAGUCAGCAGUGAUAGUUUUGGCAGAUGCAGGAUCUGGUAGAAAACCCAUUUUUGAUAACAGUGAGGGUCUGGAGCAGUUGAUGACCAUCACCAUAAUGGGGUCCACUAACCUUGCGAUGCCUGACCCGCAGCAGAUCUUACUGCCGUGUUUCUAGUAAUCCAACUUCCCUUUUUUCAGCGGCUUUUUCAAUUUGGUUGUGAUUUGGUUGACAGAACUUCUAAAUUCCUUUACCCUUGUUUGUUUCUUUCACCCUCUUGACCAAUCUAGAACAUACAAAGAAUCUGAAGAAGGUCCUGGGUACUUAGAUGGAUGUACUCCUCUGGUCCUUCCCCCCAACCUCACCUUCCACAGAGAUCCUUGGCUUAGCACUGACUAAACUAUCUCAUAUGCAAAACUAGCGUGGACUUUGUAAAUAGAUAGCUACAUGAAGUUCUGUAUUGUAAUCAGAAGUUGUGGUAUCUCUUCCAGUUUGUUUUAUGCCUCUGUCUCCAUGGCUGUGUCACAUUUUGUGUUCCCCCCUCCCCUUUCCAUUCAAAGCCACCUAGAACCCAAUAAGAAACAAAAUUCCCCCCUCUCUCAUCCAGUAUGGGCAGUCCAAAAGAUUCUCCCCCACCGCACCCGAGAAAGAUGGUUAUGAUCCUUGCCCUGGGAAGCCCUCAGCCUAUUUUAUGAGCAUGUCUGUUGAGCCUAAUGUACGCUUUCUGAAGUGGCCCUCUUCUGUCAUGGAUUGGCGUGAUGGACGAUAAACAGUAGACGAGGUGUGGGGAGGAGCAAUGUUCUUUUUCUGAUUGGAAAUCUCCAUCCCUGAGAAGAACUCCAUUCUUGGCUCCCCUCCCCCGUCAAAUCAAGGAAGGGUCCCCUGUUCAUUCCGAGUCUGUGUGAGACUUCCUGUUUGCAAACAAACUGCUCAAAAACAAAAAACCACCCUUGACUCUAUUGGCCGUUGUAGUUUCAGAAAAACUGCAAUCCAGUUCCAAACACCUAUAUUCCACUUUCUUUCAUCUUCUGUCUCCCAGUUUCUCCUUGUUUUUCAGACUCACCAGAGGCUGGUUUAUCAGCUGGUACCAUUUGGGGACCAUCUACAGUACAACUUUCAAUUAGUUUAGCUGUCAUGCCCUUGCCCCAGGGAACUCUGGGAAUUGUUUGUAGUUCUGCCUGUGGGUGGGGGGGCAGAGUUUCUUAAUUGAGAUUUCUGCAUCCCUCACCAAGGUACAACUCCUAGGAUUAUGUGAGGAAGCCGUGACAGUUAAUUGGGUACUCAACUGGUUUUGUAAUGUAGAUCUGUCCUUUUUCACUCAUAUUAUUUUCUUCUAAACAGAGAUACCGCACCUUGUUCAUGAUGUUUUUUCUCCCCUCCUGUUAGUGGUCAAGGGGCUGGGGGUGGGAGUGGGUGGAAUCCAAAGCAAAGACUCUUGGGGUGGGGCUAAAAUUCAAAUAUCUGUGCUGGCAACACUUUAACACAAGCCUUGGUGUGUUUGCACUAAAAAAGAGAGAGAGAAAAAUGUGUACCUUCUCCGUUUCUGCCUUAACCUUCUAACACCCCUUUGUGUGAACAGCAACAACGCAAAAGAUAGCUCUGCAUGCGGUCCCUCUUUAAAUCACAUCCUGUAUAUAAAACAUUUUGAUUUUUUUUUAAAAAAAAAUCUUACUUUAUUUUUUACAAAAAGCAGGUUGUGAUAAGGUGUUGCCAAAGAAACUGCUGAUUUUUUCCACAUUUCAGGAAUAAUAAGAAAAGCUUUUGAAUAACAACCACACACACACAAAAUACAGAUACAAAUAUGUUUCCUUUA